CAGGUGGCCCCAAGUUCAAGCCCUGGCACCGGCACACAGAGGAGUGGGGGGUGGGGAGAUUUGAGGUGCGCUGAUGUUACAGGGAGUGUGUGUGAGAAGUGGAUGUGGGAGGGCGACUCCAGGCUGUGACUUGCCCGGUGGGGUAGAAUCACACUGACACUACAGGGGGACACGCAGGUUGAGGGAGAGAGUGGAGACGGCUGCGCCAGUGAAAUGGUUUCCAUGGUCUGCGGUAUCCAGAUGGAGAUCACCUCAUAGGGGAUGAAAACUGCCUGUCUUACAUAGCUCAGAGGAGCCGGGUGGAGAUAUGCUUUGAUAAAUCCGUUAUGUUGAUAAUUUCAACAGGAUGAGGCUGACCAAGAACAGUGAUUAAGUCAGAAGAGAAGGGACUCUAGACAGAACCCUCGGAAGCAGAAUUGACAGAUAACCAGGAUACUCGGGAUCCUGGCGUUUCAGCAGCUGAGGAGCAGACCAGAGCUGAUGGAAGUCCUGACAGGCCUGAAGAGGCACGCCCUGACUCCAUGAAGACCUCAGCACUGUUUGUGUCACUGUGAAAAGCCCUGUGUCCCGCAGCGCUGCCCGGCCCCUGGCCUUUCGGUAUGGGGAGGAUCAGCAUCUCCUGUCUUUUUCCUGCCUCUUGGCAUUUUAGCAUCUCUCCACUGGGCUGUCCUCGAAUUCUGAAUACCAACUUACGCCAAAUCAUUGUCAUUAGUGUUCUGGCUGCUGCUGUCUCCCUUUUAUACUUCUCUGUUGUCAUAAUCCGAAAUAAGUAUGGGCGUUUCUCCAGAGACAAGAAAUUUCAAAGGUACUUGGCCCGAGUCACAGAUGUGGAGGCCACAGACACCAAUAAUCCCAAUGUGAACUAUGGGAUUGUGGUAGACUGCGGCAGCAGCGGGUCGCGGGUGUUUGUCUAUUGCUGGCCAAGGCAUAAUGGCAACCCUCACGAUCUGCUGGAUAUCAGACAGAUGCGGGAUAAAAACCGGAAGCCAGUGGUGAUGAAAAUCAAGCCAGGCAUCUCGGAGUUUGCUACCUCCCCAGAGAAAGUCAGCGAUUACAUUUCCCCACUUUUGAACUUUGCUGCCGAGCAUGUGCCGCGAGCCAAACACAAAGAGACGCCCCUCUACAUUCUCUGCACCGCUGGAAUGAGAGUCCUCCCUGAAAGCCAGCAGAAGGCCAUCCUGGAAGACCUCCUGACGGACAUCCCCGUGCACUUUGACUUCCUGUUCUCUGACUCCCAUGCCGAGGUCAUCUCAGGGAAGCAAGAAGGUGUAUAUGCUUGGAUCGGCAUCAACUUCGUCCUGGGACGAUUCGAGCACAUCGAGGAGGACGACGAGGCCGUGGUGGAAGUUAACGUUCCCGGGAGCGAGAGCAGCGAGGCCAUCCUCCGGAAGAGGACCGCGGGUAUUCUCGACAUGGGAGGCGUGUCCACUCAGAUAGCAUACGAAGUCCCCAAAACUGUAAGCUUUGCCUCCUCACAGCAGGAGGAAGUAGCUAAAAACUUACUAGCUGAAUUUAAUUUGGGAUGUGAUGUUCACCAAACGGAGCACGUGUACCGAGUCUAUGUGGCCACGUUUCUUGGGUUUGGUGGCAAUGCUGCUCGACAGAGAUAUGAAGACAGAAUAUUUGCCAGCACAGUUCAGAAGAACAGGCUCCUGAGUAAACAGACUGGCCUGGCUCGCGACGCCCCGUACCUGGACCCAUGCCUGCCCCUGGACAUUAAAGAUGAGAUCCAGCAAAAUGGACAGACCUUGUACCUGCGGGGAACGGGAGACUUUGACCUGUGUCGAGAAGCCCUCCAGCCAUUCAUGAACAAAACCAAUGAGACACAGACGACCCUCAACGGCGUCUAUCAGCCUCCCAUUCACUUCCAAAACAGUGAAUUCUAUGGCUUCUCUGAGUUCUACUAUUGCACCGAGGAUGUGUUGCGGAUGGGGGGAGACUACAAUGCUGCUAAGUUCACUAAAGCUGCCAAGGACUAUUGUGCAACGAAGUGGUCGAUCUUGCAGGAGCGCUUUGACCGCGGGCUGUACGCCUCUCACGCCGACCUCCACCGGCUGAAGUAUCAGUGCUUCAAAUCCGCCUGGAUGUUUGAGGUGUUCCACAGAGGGUUUUCCUUUCCCGUCAACUACAGAAGCCUCAAGACCGCCUUGCAGGUGUACGACAAGGAAGUGCAGUGGACCCUGGGGGCCAUCCUUUACAGGACUCGCUUCUUGCCCCUGAGGGACAUCCAGCAGGAGAGUUUCCGGGCCAGCCACGCGCACUGGCGGGGCGUCUCCUUUGUCUACAACCACUACCUGUUCUCGGGCUGCUUCCUCGUGGUCCUGCUGUCCAUCCUCCUCUACCUGCUGCGGCUCCAGCGCAUCCACCGGCGGGCUCCGCGCGGCGGCUCGGCGGCCCUCUGGCUGGAGGAGGGCCUGUCCUCCCCGAAGGGCCCCGGCCCUCUGUGAGCCGCUCGCCGCUCCAACAGGACUGCCUGCGCCAAAAGCCAUCGUUGCCUCAGGGUUUCACCUCGACAUGCUCCCCUAUUUUGUUUCUCCCUCUCCUUUUUGUGACAACAACACCCACCGUGUUUAAGCCCUGCUCUCUGGCAGUGCAGUGUUCUGCGGUUAGGAAUUCAGCUUUAAACGGAGGAGUGGGGAAAGGGAAAUUCACUGGACUCUUGCUGCAUAGGAGAUUCUCAAAAAAAUUAGUAAAGUUGUGUUUUAUUCUAUGGUAUGUUUGCCACAAAUGCACUUUGUGUGGGACAAGUGGAAAAGAUACUUUCCUUCCUGUGAGGGAUUCCUUGUUCAGAACCAAAACGCAAAUACUGUCUCGAAAGCUCAACCCCAGGAGAAGGACGCUUCGUUUUUAUUUAUUGCUCGGGUGUCACUUUAUGUGUUUUCUUUGCAGAUGCAAACAUUCAAAAUCAUUCAUAGCCAAAACAGGUCACCGUGGUCACCGGGAGGCCAGGAGGUGUGCGAGACGUGAGCUCUGGGCGUGAGCUGGGCGCGUGAGGGGUGCAGGGGCCGCGGGCCCGCGUGGCAGGACGGACCCGCGUCCUCUGCUUGUGGCUGUCGCUCACCUGCCCGCGGGAAGUCGCUGUCCCCAUCAGAUGUGUGGCAGGAAGACCCUUUGGUUUUGAAAAACUUGGAAAACCCGUGGCUUCCUCGCCGGCGCUCGUGGCAGGCCCGUCGCACAGGAGCACAACUCUCCCGCACGAGCUGCGCGUCUCCUCCAGCCCCGAGUCCGCGUCGCCCCCACUCCCUUAGGGAACGCGGAAGGUCAUGGAGAGGCCGUGUCUGGGAGCCCCUGGGCAUCACCCGACCGGUGGUCACCGUCACUGCCGUACUCAGCGCCAGCUCUGGCAGCUCCGGCAGUGGUGUGGCAAGUCCACACCAAGAGAGGAGCCGGAAGUUAGCACACCCAAAGAAGCCGGGUUUGGAAGAAAAUAAAUUUGACAUUUUAAGCAAAAGCCUAAAACAGACAACGAAUUGGUAUGUCUGAAAUUGGUUUUCUUGUUUAUUUUUUUUAAAUCUUAACAAUUCUUAGACGUUUUACAGGUUUUUGGUGGGAGUACAUGUAUGUGUACACACGUUUCCUCACUCUGCAGCAGUUAAAGUCACGCAGCUGAUAGUGAACUUUGAGAAGCAUUAGCUAUGAAUUAGAAAAUCAUUGCUUAAAGAAUU